AUGAUGGAACUCGAGACUCCAGAUGGCUACGACCAGGCUCGAGCACGGCUGCAGGAAUGGGACAGCGACGAUGACCCGGGCAAUCCUCGCAACUGGUCUACCCUCAGGAAGACCCUGACCACCACUGUCAUCGGCCUGAUUGGCUUCGCAACGACCGUCAAUGCCUCGAUCUACUCGUCGGGCCAUGAGCAGGUCCAGAAGCAGUUCAAUGUCUCGACGACCGUCUCGCUGCUACCUCUCUCCGCGUACUCGCUGGGGCUGGCUUUUGGGCCUAUGAUCUCGUCGCCGCUGUCUGAAACAUUCGGUCGCAAAUUCGUCUACCUGCUUACCCUGCCGCUGGUGGAUCUCUUCACGAUAGGCGUGGGCUCAUCCCACGGUAUUGCCUCUCUGAUUAUAUGUCGCUUCCUCGCUGGGGUGUUUGCUGCCCCUGGGGUUUCCGUCGCGGCGGCCACAAUCACCGACUAUACACACCCGUCACAAAGAGUCAUCCCCCUGGGAGUAUACUACGCCGUUCCCACAAUCGGCAGUUCAAUGGGUCCUCUGAUCGGAUCUUUCGUCGUCGAAGCUCGGGGCUGGCGCUGGACUGCGUGGACACCGCUCAUCAUGGCCGCCGUCGUACACCCUCCAGCGCUCUUCAUCCGGGAAUCAUACAAGCCCAUCCUCCUGCGCAGGCGAGCAGAGAAACUCGGCGGCGAAGGCGUCCUCCCCGUCCAAACACGCACAGCCAUGCAGCUCUUCAAAGAAUUCAUCACAUCAACCAUCGUCCGCCCGCUCCAUAUGCUCUUCACCGAGCCCCUCGUCGGCUUCAUCUGCCUCUACUGCGGCUUCCAGUUCGCCCUCCUUUACACCUUCGUCGUCGCCAGCCCCCGCGUUUUCGCUUCCGUCUACAACUUCUCCCCAGGCGCCCAGGGCCUCUCCUUCCUCGGCAUGGUCGUCGGCUGUAUCUUCGCCCCCUGCGUCCUCUUCAUCGUCGACCGCCUCGUCCAGCGAAACCCAUCUCUGCGUAUCAGGAACAACAACACCGAAGGUUCCGCCCCUUUCUCCCCAGAACUAAGACUCUACACUUCAAUGUUCGGCUCCCUCGUCCUCCCAACCGGCCUAUUCGUCUUCGCUUGGACUUCAACACCAUCCAUCCACUGGAUCGUGCCUAUCCUGGCCCAAGGCGCCACUUUUCUGGGGAGUAUGCUGAUUUACAUCCCGUGUAACUUCUACAUGCUCGACGUGUACGGCUCGAAAUACGGUGCGUCCGCCAGCGGGGCUUCCUCGUUAACUCGGUAUGCACUCUCAACUGCCUUUCCGCUCUUUGUGCCCCAGAUGUAUGAUGCCCUGGGUGUGGGCUGGGCGACGAGUCUGUUAGGGUUUAUUGCGGUGGUUAUGGCGCCGAUUCCGUGGUUGUUCUUUUAUAAGGGGCCGAAGCUGAGGGCUAGGAGUGCGUAUGAGCAUGGGACUUAG